GCACUUCCGGCAUCAAGUCUCGGCGACCAAGCAAGAGUUACCUCCAGUCAUUGGUUUCGGUGUUGGCUUUCGUGCCAACGCAACAAUUUUCACCUUCACGAAGAAUGAAUCCUGCCAUCGCUGUCGCGCUGGUGUUUUUAGGGUGCUGCAGCAAUGUCAUCUUUUUGGAGGAACUUGUCAGGGAAUUUCCCAAGAGUGGAAAUUUGAUAACAUUUGCAGCCUUUAUAUUCAAUGCUUUGGAGGGACUAUUCUUCACUUCAAAAUUUUUCACCCAACCACCUGUCAUACCUAUACGAUUCUACUUCAUGAUGGUGGCAUUGUUCUUUCUGGUGCAGACACUAAAUAAUUAUGUCUUAGGCCUGAAUGUCUCAAUGCCUCUUCAGAUGAUUUUUCGUUCUGGUUCUCUUGUAGCAAAUCUUGUACUGGGGCACAUUAUUCUGAAGCGAAGAUAUGCAAAGGAAAAAUAUUUGUCAGUGCUGGCGAUUACGAUUGGCAUCAUCUUCUGCACUAUUGCAUCAGCUGGAGAAGUGGAAUCACAGCCAGGUCAUACAGGCGAAGAAUUCUACGACUAUAGUGUCUGGUUGCUUGGUAUAAGCUUGUUGGUGAUCUCGCUGUUUUUGUCAGCUCGCAUGGGGAUUUUUCAGGAGCAGACAUACACCAAGUAUGGGAAACACCCCUCAGAAGCUCUUUUUUACAAUCAUUUUCUGCCACUGCCAGGUUUUUUGCUGCUCGCCAAAGAUAUUUCCACACAAGCAGCCCUAUACCAUAGCUCUGUGGCAUUGCCAGUACUGGAUUUGAUUGUCCCAAGGGCAUGGUUAUUACUGGUGUUUAACACCAUAACACAAUAUAUCUGCAUCCGUGCUGUAUUUGUACUGACAACAGAGUGCACAUCACUGACUGUCAUGGUGGUAACUCUGCGAAAAUUUGUCAGCCUCAUCUUCUCCAUUAUCUACUUCAACAAUCCUUUUACACCUUUUCACUGGAUCGGAGCCUUUCUAGUUUUUGGUGGCACACUUGUAUUCACAGAGGUCCUACCGCAGUUAAGAAGCAUUAUACAACGAAAAUUGAAAAAGGAAGAUUGAUCCUGUAUUAUUACAUUUGAGUUAGUUUUGCAGUAGAAGCUUUUUAAUUGCUCUCUUUUAUGUCUUGUGACAAUUUAUCAUGGUGAUGGAUGAUAUUACAUUGUUAACGACCUUAUUACAGGAGGUAAUACUUUUGUAAUAAGAUCUCAUAAUGCAAUGUUAGUGCUGCACUGUACUACUAAUAAUACAAUGUUAGUGCUAUACCGUACAGGUAAUAAUACGAUGUUAGGGCUACGCUGUACAGUUAAUAAAAAAAUUAAUGACAGGAGCAGGCUCAUUGAAAUGCUCAAUUCUUGCCAUGUACUUAAAACUAAGUUCACCAGACAAUGAUGGGAUGGGUGGACAGAGCAGAGAUGAUAUCAGAAGAUAAAAUUCCAGAUAGGCAGAGAAAUUGAGGUUGAAGUACCUCUGUAAAUAAUUUACACUAAAGUGUAUUUUAUUUGUUUUGUUAUUUGUUGAAAUGAUAGUCCCAGAAUGUUAAAGUGUUUUAUGGCAACUAUUUUGAUUAUAGUUAUAUUGUGUUAAAACAGUAUUAUUGGAUGGGUAACUCAGGUGGUGGGGUAUGAGACAGGUAUACUAGGGCAAGGCUGCAUGACAUAAGUAGCACAAAGUAGCAAUCUUGUAAUCAAGAUGAGCUCAAACUGGCAGCCUUGUGGCUUACAGAGGAAGAAUGGUUGACUUCGCUUGCAGAAUCAGCAUGAGCAGCAUUAUACUGACCUCUUCAAAGCUUGUUCAGAAGGUGGUUAGAAAGUCCUGUGAAUAAAGAGUUGCAGUGAUUCAGCCAAGACAAUUUUUGGUGGCAGAAACAAGUCAGAUGUGGCUGAUCCUGUGAAGGCCAUGGACAAUGGACUCGCUGACCGUAUCACUGUGAGAGUCAUGAAACAGUGGUGUGUCCCUGAUAGCAUUGAGAUUCCAAAAGUGAUUCACGUAAAGAGUGAUGUUAAUGACCAGAUAAAUAAUAGUAGAGGAUGGCACAUUUCAGUUUACUGCCAGAGGCUCAGGAAUGACCUCAAAUUUGUCAUCCUUCAUUUUCAUUUUCUUGGUAACCAUCCAAUCUUUCACAGACUCAUGUGGUGGUGCAGACCUGCUGGAGCCAAGUUGGGCCAGUUGCUAGCAGCUGUGUAUCAUCAGCAUACAUGCAAUGAUACCUCAGUUCUCAGGCCUUUUUAUUCCUUUGAAAAAAGUUGGUAUUAAAGAUGUCGAAAGAUCAAAGAAACAACUGGUUAAAAUACAUGCAUCUUGAAACAAGCUGAUGAAAUGGCACAACUUUUAUUUUAGCAGUAAAAACAGUAAGUGCAUUUAUUUUCAUAAAAAUUCUGUCAUUCAUUUCAGGAGAACUUUCAAAUUAUCAUGAUGAAAGCUCAUUACUUGAACAUGGUGACCACUUUGCAUAGAAAAUGAAUAAAGUACUAUUUUCAUGAUGUGGCAAGUUGGUCUUGAGAACAGCUUAGUAUUAAGAGUUUGAUAGCAGUUUUAUGAUAUGACAGUGACCGUGUAGUUUAAUAAAAAACCAUAGUAAAGAAACAAAAAAUGUGCUAGAUCAGUUUUUAAAACAGAAAGAAAACAGUUUGUUGGAUUUUUUUAUCAUUAUGCACUAGACAAUACAAAUUUUAAAUAUUGGCUUCUGCUAAAAGAAUGUUAAAACAGAGAAACUGUUUAAUAAAGAUUGCUUAAAAAAUAGUGAACAGAG